GGCCAGCCAGCUCCGGGGAUUGACUACUCGCGCGCUCACUUCCGCGUCCCGCCGCCGGCCGCCGCCAUCGGACAAUGGGCCGCGCGCCGCGGCUGCAGUGAGCUCCGCUGGACCCUGCCGCCGGCCCCAGGCCAGCCAGGGGCUGUCCAGCGCGUUUGCAAGUUCGGUUGCCUGACGUGGAUGUGAGUUUACUUUUUCUGUGUACAUUCUCUGUCUUCUUUCGCCUGUUUUUGGUUUUGUGACUUAGAGAAGAGAACUUUUCUAAGCAGGCCGGGCACGGCUGAAGGCUACUCUGCCCCCACGUGGACGCUCCCCUGGGGAAAAGAAGUCUGAAAGUAAACUUAGCCUCGCCGGCCUGAAGGCCUCAACUUUGGCUGGACUGUAAGUUUCGGAGUCAUGACCUUCUCGCUGGGCAGGUGGGAAUCUUUAUCUAUCUUGGGCUGGACCUGAAACCUCAGCCAGCACCCAAAUCUCCCCCACCCCAUUCACACUUUGUACCAGGGGUAGGCCCCGGACACUGAUCUACAACAUGGAUAAAUAUGAUGAUCUGGGCCUUGAGGCCAGUAAGUUCAUUGAGGACCUGAACAUGUACGAGGCCUCCAAGGAUGGGCUCUUCCGGGUGGACAAGGGUGCUAGCAACAACCCAGAAUUUGAGGAAACUCGAAGGGUGUUCGCGACCAAGAUGGCCAAAAUCCACCUCCAGCAGCAGCAGCAGCAGCAGCAGCUCCUACAGGAGGAGGCCCUACCUAGGGCAGGCAGAAGCCCCAUCAACGGUGGGAACCGUCAGGGUGUGAGCAGCAAGCUGGCUGCAGAUGGGGCUGCUAAGCCUCCUCUUGCUGUGCCAACAGUAGCACCUGGACUAGCUACCACCACUAUGGCGGUGCAGCCCUCAUACCCACCUCAGGAGCAGAGGACCAGGCCAUCUGCCCACGGUGCAAGGCCUGGCAGUCAGAACUGUGGUUCCAGGGAGGGGCCUGUGAGUUCCCAGAGACCUGCUUUACACGGUCUGGGUCCCUGUGAAGACCCUUCCUGCCUCACUCACGGAGACUAUUACGACAAUUUCUCUUUGGCAAGCCCACAGUGGGGUGAUAAACCAGAAGAGUCCCCCAGCAUGAGUUUGAGUGUAGGGAGCGGAUGGCCUGGUUGCCCAGGAAAUGAUUCCCUGUCGCACAGAUCCUGUGGGGACAGUCAUCCUUACCAGCCACAGCUCUCCAUGUGCUCUGGCAGGUCUUUUGAAAGUGGUCAGGAUGGUGGCAUUGGUGGCCAUAGCAGUGAGAAGCCAACAGGCCUUUGGUCCACUGCCUCCUCUCAGAGAGUGAACCUGGGCUUUUCUUCCACGGGCUUGGAGAAUGGGACCCCAGCUCAACCCAAGGGCACAACCGUUUCAGCACCAAUGGUCCCUAGCAGCGCUAGCCAAGGAGCUUGUCUGAGAAGAGAUUCGAGUCUGGGAUAUGAGGCUCCAGGCAGGGUCUUCAAACCCCUUGUGGACACUCAGCCUUGGCUCCAGGAUGGGCCCAAGUCGUACCUCUCUGUUUCUGCUCCACUAUCCUCAACAACCAGCAAGGACAAUGGCCAGACAGGUAUGACCGCUGGGCUGGAUCCUAAGCUUGGAUGUGUGGAGUCUGGCACUAGUCCCAAGCCCAGCCCCACCAGUAACGUCCAUCCGGUAAUGUCUGCUCCCUCUGAGUUAUCUUGUAAAGAAAGUCCUCCCAGCUGGUCCACUGACAGUAGCCUGGGACCUGUGCUCCCAGGGAGCCCCACCCCCUCCAGGGUGAGGUUGCCCUGCCAGACCCUCACGCCAGGCCCCGAGCUCGGACCCUCCACUGCGGAAUUGAAGCUGGAAGCCCUCACCCAGCGUCUGGAGCGAGAGAUGGAUGCUCACCCCAAAGCAGACUACUUCGGAGCCUGUGUGAAAUGCAGCAAAGGGGUGUUUGGAGCUGGCCAGGCCUGUCAGGCCAUGGGGGAUCUCUACCACGAUGCCUGCUUCACCUGUGCAGCCUGCAGCAGGAAGUUAAGAGGAAAGGCCUUCUAUUUUGUCAAUGGCAAAGUAUUCUGUGAGGAAGACUUUUUGUACUCUGGCUUUCAGCAGUCUGCGGACAGGUGUUUUCUUUGUGGACACCUGAUUAUGGACAUGAUCCUACAGGCCCUAGGGAAGUCCUAUCACCCUGGCUGUUUCCGCUGCGUCAUCUGUAAUGAGUGUCUGGAUGGGGUUCCUUUCACCGUGGACUCUGAGAACAAGAUCUACUGUGUCCGAGAUUAUCACAAGGUGCUGGCCCCCAAGUGUGCAGCCUGUGGCCUUCCCAUUCUUCCACCAGAGGGCUCAGACGAGACCAUCAGAGUUGUGUCCAUGGACCGAGACUACCAUGUAGAGUGCUACCACUGUGAGGACUGUGGUCUGGAGCUCAAUGAUGAGGAUGGUCACCGCUGCUAUCCACUGGAGGACCACCUGUUCUGUCACUCCUGCCAUGUCAAGAGACUGGAGAAAGGACCCUCACCUGCACCCCUCCACCAGCACCACUUCUAGCAAAGAGACAGUGGGGAUGUGGGGCCAGCCUGCCCAGGGAGGUGUCUGUGUAGCACUUCUGAGCUUCCCCACAGCUGGGGCACAGGAAGAGGAGGGACAGGAGGUUGAAUUCCUGUGUGUGUGAAGGGUAUCAUUCUUUUAACCACAGCAGUGUGCACUCCCCAUCCAGUCCGUGUGUUUUCCAAGUGCUUUUCUCUAUUGCCACACUCUCGCCAAAUCACUCAGGAAGAUGCUCCAGCUUGCACAUGACAUAAGAUGGGGUCUGUGUAACUGGACACAUCCUACUCCCUGGAAACAGGUUUUCAGAUUGUGUUGGGCAUAUUCCACAGUGUCCCUAAAGAGAAACAGUGGUGGAGGUGAGCAGGAGAAUGCCUGCACCCAGAUAACCCUCACACAGCCUGUGGUGUGACUUCACAGUUCUGUCCACUUCAGAGCUUUAGUUCUUCUGAGGAUGCUUCAAACCCUUAACUGCAUUACAGCAGGAAAGAAGCACUGCAUAUAUUUGCUUUGUACCUUGGAGUUUGCUUGGUGAAUGAGAGCCAAGCUUAGACAUCUGGGAGGCUGGGUCUCCCUGCUGUGCCUCUGCAGUUCCUGCUGCACCUAAGGCUGGGGCAGAGGCCUGCCCUGCCCUGCCCUGCCCUGUCCUAUAUAGCCAGCUCAGAGAGAACUGGUGCAGGCACCAGGCUUCUUGUCCAUGCUUGGUGCUGUGUUUUCAUUGCUUCCUCCAGUCUGUGACAUUGGAGUUGCUUCCUCAAGGCGAGUCUGAGGAUCUCAUGCCCUCAGAUCCCUGUCACCUUGUUCAACUUCUUUGAGUAUGAAGGUUGGGAAUCCCAGUCCAUAUCCUGGGAGAGAGCUCCUUCCAGAAGGAAAGUGUUGUGUGUGAGAUCUCAAAGCUAGCACCAGAGGGAGUGCCUGAGCUUGUUUCACAGGCAUCUCUCGGCCACCUCUCAGCACAGAUGGUUUGAUGAAACCAAUGUAAGGUACACUGCUUUAGUCUGGCUUUUAUUCCUUUGUUAUUUCUCUCUACCUUUUCCCACACACAAAACAUACCUCACAGAUAGUUUUCACCAAUCACAGAUCAGAGAGGAAUUCAUCCAUGAUAUGGAGACUGUUGGUGUAUCAGCAGCUCCAACUCUUCACUACAGCUGAGCAGUACAGCUGCAGCACGAGGCCUUCUGAGAGAAGAUGCAACUGAAAUCAACUCUCUGGCCUCGUGUGCCUCUGCAUUACUGGCUCCUGGGGUAGCCAGGCUAAGAGGGAGACCACAUGCUGACAACAUUAGGACCACCUCUGAGGUGGCUAUGUUGGCAUACCUGUCCUCCCAACAUUUGAGAAGCUGAAGUUUGUGAAGUAGAAGUUUAAGGCUGUCCUCAAAUACAUGAGGCCAUGACCUCACUCAAAAAAACUUAAAAAAGAAAAAAAAAAACAAACUCCACCCAGCACUGAAGAACAUAAUUAACUUUGCCUAUCACUUCCUGAGGCCACAGGUCAGUGUCUCCUUGGACGUUCAAAUGGGUAAAACUGGAAAAACAGAGUGAAAUGGGUUUCCAUCUGCUGUUUUAUCUUCAGGGAGUGCCCCAUGACUUGUGUCAGGAAGGCUGCAGUGUCUCACUUCAGCAGUCAGGCUGGGUACCCAGCAGCUAGCUUGGGUGCUGAAGCACGGUCUGUAGAGCCCCUGCCACAUAUGAAUGUGGCCUCUUGACUAGGUCCAGUUACACCUGUAUGUUAUUGCAGUCCUACUGGCCACCAUUGUCUGUCCUUUGGCCAGGUGUUACUUGUUUCCUGUUCUAGACAGAGCCCCUUAAAUAAAAGCUAUGGAUAUAUAAGGCCACAGAGGUAGACCCUGAGACUAGCCCUGGUUUUUCUCUUCCAGUUAGUGAGGUUGGCUUUGGAAAGGCUGGCAGGGAAAGGAAAUGAGACAAUAUGUCUUUGCCUUCAUUGAGGUUCUGGUAUAGUCUAAUUUUGAUUCAAGAUGAUUGAUGAAAAUUGCAUUGGAAUUAGUGUCAGAAAUAGAUGAGAUUUUUUUGCAAAUUGAAUAAUUUAAAAUCUGUGAUUAAUUUUUAAAUGAAAUUCCUGAUUGAGGCGAUUCAGAUGUGUUUUCAAAUACUACAUUUUAUAUUAUCAAAAAAGCAAUAAAGGAAUUUGCAGUUUUCCCAGAA